AUGGAUAUUAAUUGUACAUCAUCUAUAGUUAACGAGUUAUUUGCUAGGACCAUAACUCCUUUAGAUCAACUGGAGAAGGAGUCACUGAAGAGAUCUAAUGACCCUAAUCAAGUAGCAACUCUCAGAAAUUACUUAGAAAAAAAACUAUAUCACCAAUAUAUGGAGCUUUGUUACCAAUAUUUAUCUAAUGAACAAUUGGAGUUCCAAAAGUAUGAUAAAAUCGAAUUUUUUGUUGGUGCUAUAGUACCUUUAAGACAGCACUUCAACCCCCUUAGGUUCGCUACUUUGGCAGGUUUUGUAAUAGAUAAUAAUGAACUACCUAUAGAUGAUAAUAUUACAUUUUUAGAAAAAUUAAAGCAAGACAUUAAUUAUGAAAAAGACAAUAGUGAAGUAAAUAGUACUAUUUUAACUCAGCACAAAAAUGUAGAACCUCCAUUUGAAAUACAAGCAGAUUUAUAUCAUAAAAUUUUGAAAGCCUUCGAACUAACAAAGAGAGCUGAUAUGAGUCUACAAUGUAACGAGUUACUAGAUUUUGUUGCUGAGAAACUUGAUAAACUAAGAGGAGCAGAACCUUGUUUAAUUGCAAUGUAUCAUAGAUGCUGUGCAGCUUAUGAAAAGACAAUUAAUAGGCCUAACAUGUUCUACAAACAUGCUUUACUAUACUUAUCUUAUACUCCAUUGGAUGAAAUUUCCCAACGUAAUAAACCUUGUUUAGCUUAUGAAAUUAUUGUGGCUGCAAUUAUAUCUGAUGAUAUCUUUAAUUUAGGUGAACUAAUUUUACACCCACUAAUUCAGAAUUUUAGUAAUAUGGUUAAGCAGGUAGAUCAACAACAAAUGGACAUUGAUGAGCAGACAUUGUGUAAUAUCAAGUCAUUUUCGUGGAUUUUAGAUAUUCUUGUUAGCUUGCAUGAGGGAGAUAUUGACAUGCUGAAGUUCUCAAUUGAAAAACAUAAGGAUCAUGUCAAAAAUAGUCCACUAUGUACAACAGAAGCUCAAGUAUGUAUUAUAAAGAAGACAACAACACUAGCUCUAAUGGAUUUAGCAUUUAAGAAGGAUAAAAAUGAACGUAUUUUAAAAUUUGAAGAAAUUGCAGACCAUUGUAGAGUUAGUAUUACAGAAAUAGAGCUACUUGUAAUGAAGGCAAUCAAUAUGAAACUUAUAAAUGGAUACAUAGAUCAAACCUCUCGUACUGUAGAAAUUAACUGGGUCCACCCACAUAUACUAGAUAAAGGACGUUUACAAUUAUUAGGAACUAAAAUUGAUAAUUGGAUAAGCUCUACACAAAAGUUAGUAGAACAGCUUGAAUCCUUAGCUCCAGAGUUUGUAAUUUAUUAG